GUACAACUAGAGCCAAGGCACGCGUAGUCGCCACCACCUCUCGCUAGGCCGACAUAGUAUACUUGCUUCCGCCGGAAUCAUGCAUAUAAGGCAAGGUGGCUCCUUAAGCAGAAUACAUUAUUGCGUUUUUUAAGAAGGACUUUGUUACAUAGGUCAGCUGUAGACAGCAUGGCAACCGCAGACCUGAGUGUGAAAGCACAGUAUGAGGAAGCCGUUCAAAGGGCCAGCAUGCAGGUUACCACCGACCUGACGAGCUGUGCCAUAAUGCUAGAACGGUUGCUUGGGGCAGUGGACCUCUUUCCUCUCGGUGGAUUGUGCAAUGGGCACUACGCCGAGCAGGCGAUACGUCGGUACUGGCUUUAUUGGAUGCCGCUGUUGCACCAGCAGCAGGCUCUCUCACAUGCAAAUGCUGCUUUGCUGGUUCCGCCGCUGGAUGUCCAGUGGGCCUGGUUCGUUCAUCGCCUCAAUCCCAUAAAGUACGUGAACGACUGCACCGCCCGCUUCGGCGCCGGAGGGCUCCACGCCGCCCACCUGCUGCAAUCGCUGGGCUUCUCCAGCGGAGGCAGCGGCGAUGAGCAGGAACAGGAUACUCGGCUGGUAUGGGAGGCUGCUUACCCCAGCGGCCCCGGGCAGCCAGCCGAGCAUACCUUCUGGCCGCCUGCACCCCUCUCGACUGCCGCCGCGUCCACAUCCGCCUCGAGGACCUCUCCGUCGUCCGCUGCGGCAGUCCCGGUUGCUGACGCUGCAGCGGCGGCUGGCGUGAGCGAGGCAGAUGCAGGCGUUGCGGGCAGUGUGGCCUCUGUUCGCAGCUACGUCAUUGAGGCCAUGCCCCGACAAGGCAAGUUCCUACACCAGGUCCUCCGCUCCCCCUACCGCGACCCCACCUUCCUCGCCGCCGCCCGCGUGCGUUACAUGCGCUUCCUCGGCCUGGCUGCCGUGCAGCCGCCUGAUGCGGCGCCGCUCGUCCCAAUGUACGACAUUGACCUCUUGUGGCACGCCCACAUGGCCCUCAGCGGCGAGUACGGCCGGGACUGCGCGGCCAUCAUGACGGGACGUCCGGAGGGGCCGGCGCGGCUGCUGGGGCAUGAUGACGGGCUUUCGGAGGGGGUGCUUGGGGACGCGUUUGGGGCGACACGUCAGCAGUAUGAGGCGGCCACCGGCCUCAUGUACAACGUGGCCCCCACUCGCCGUCUCCCGACCUCGGUAGCGCAUCCCCUGGUUGCACCAUUGUGGCCCCUAGCAGCACUCCUCAACACCGACCCACGGGUCACCGGCCGCACUGCGAGCCGCGCUACCUCCAGUGCUGCCGCGCAACCCGCCGUGCUGCCCUCGCCGCAUGCAGUCUCCGCACAGCUGGUGCGGGCGGAGGCCCUGCGGCGGGAAACGCGGCAGCACUGGCAAGGCUGUGGCGAGAUGCAAUGUCGGCGGGGCCAGCAGGGAGAGGAGGAGCUUGCAGGGCAGCGGCGGUGGUGGUGGCGGCGGCUUCGGCGCUUCACGGCACUCCUCGGUGGUGCCAUAACCAACGGGGCAGGUUUGCCUCAUAGGGGUCGAAAGGUUGGCGUAGGCAGCAGCAGCGGCAGCAGCGAGGUCGGCAGCCCCAUGCUGGGCAGUCCGGACCACUUGUCACGUAACGGUGUGUUCGCGCUGUUUGCGCUUUGGAGCCUAGCACAGGCGUUGCAGGGGGGGCGUUCAGGCCCCGGGGGGGUUGGGUUGGAGGCGCGGGAGGCGGGGGCUGUCGGGAAGGACGGAAAGGCGCCGGUUGUGGUGGAGGUACAUGCGCAGGAGGGAGCGGGAACAGCAGCAGCAGCAGAAGGAACUGGGCGGCAGUGGGCGCCUGCAGCGAGGAGUGAUGGGGGCAGCAGCUGCAGAAGAGGGCCAGGCGCUGGUGGCGGCGCUGGAAGCACCAGCGGCAGCGGCAGGAAGGAGGGCGGAGACCUGCUGAGCAGGGUGCUGGGUGCCUCCCGCCGGAGAGAUGGCGGCGGCGGGGGAGGCGGCGGGAGGCAUGCGGAGGCGGACAGAGCGAUGAGCCACAUGACCUCCCAGCUGCUGCUCCUGCUGGCGGACCCCGCCCACCCGCACUCCCCACUCGCCUCCUGCCGCCACACCUUCUGGAACCACCUCUUCCCGCUGCCAACACCCCCGCCUCCAACACCCGUGUCACCUUCGCCUCCUUCACCCGCUCCAACCCCACCCGCACCUCCCAGCCCCUCUCUCACCCUCUCCCACCACCCCCCCCACCGCCGCCCCCGCCACCCCCACCCGCUCUCCCCCCCUACUGCCCCCGUCAUCGACCUGCCAGCCGGCUUCUCCCCCGCCAUCGUGCGCAACGUGGACUGCCGCUACCUGGCGCCCCACCACUACGCCUGCCCGGGACCCGUGUUCUACACGCCGGCGGACUACUGCCUCAUGUGGAGCAAGGGAGGGGGUGGCGGGGUUGGUGGUGGCAGUGGAGGUGGCGGCAGCCUAGGGGGCGGUGGUGGUGCUAGCGGUAUGAACCGUGGUUGUGAGGGAGAAGGAGGUUGCAGCGGUAGUGGAGACGCGGGCAGCUGGUGGUGGUGUCUCCCGCCGGACCUGGAGGCUGCUGCUGCGGAAGUGCGGAUUGCACCCGGAGGUGCGGUGUCGCCGGCAGCGCUGAUGAGAGCAGCGGCGGCGGGUGGAGGAGAUGGCGGCGAUUACGAGGGCGGCAUGCUGGCGGAUUGCGUGUACGAGGCUUACGAUAUGUAUGACUACGUGUACGGCACUGCGUCGCGCUGUGAGGGAGGUAAAGCAGGCAGGGGGGAAGCGGUGUGCGCGCCCGGUGGUGGUAAGGGCGAGGAG